AUGGCAAGCAGUUCAUCUCAAAACGUCAGCAAGGGCAAACGUGUCCUUCUCACCGGAGGCAAUGGCUUUGUGGCGUCGCAUAUACUUAAUGAUUUGGUGAAACGUGGUUAUUCGGUUACCGCCACGGUUCGGUCUGAAGACAAAGCGCAAGCUGUUUAUAAAACUCACCCUAACUGGAAAGAGAAUGUCGAGUUUGAAUAUGUCGCGGACUUGACUAAGAAGGGGGCCUUCGAUCAUCUCUUCGAGGGUGCGGGCCAACCAUUUGAUUACAUCAUUCAUACAGCCUCUCCAGUUGCAUUCAAGGUCAAGGACAUUCAGAAAGAUCUGAUCGAUCCUGCUAUCCAAGGGCAAGUAGUAACCCUUAUGAAGCUUUAUCUAGGAGCGACUGACCUGUGUAGAACCAUCGGCGUCUUCGAAAGCGCACACAAGCUAGCUGGGCCUACCUUGAAACGAAUUGUACUCCUUGGUAGCGCAGUUGCUGUUCUGAACACCUUUGAAGACAAGACCAAGGCUGGGAAAGCUUAUACAGAAGCUGACUGGAACCCGGUUACUUCGACUUAUGCUAUCCAGAACAACGACGUGGUCUCUGGAUACAAUGCCUCAAAAGUAGAAAGCGAAAGAGCAGCGUGGAAGAUAAUGAAGGAAAAGACCCCUUCAUUUGAUCUCGCUGUUAUCAACCCGGAUAUCAUCACUGGGCCCAUGAUCCACCCGAUGUCAGGAGCAAAGUCGGUUAAUGAGACAAACCGCUUUGCAAUCUACAAUUUCUUAGAUGGAACGCAUCAGCAAAUCGAAGGUGUCGAAUUCCCCUUCUAUCACUUUGUUGACGUUCGCGAUGUAGCUCGGGCCCACGUGGACUCUUUGACAAACCCAGCCGCGUCGGGGAAACGAAUUCUCAUGGUGGCUGGCUUGAUCACACCUCAAUUGGUCGCCAACACCGUGCGCAAAGCUUUUCCUCAGUUGCAAAGCAAAAUUCCCGAAGGAAACCCGGCACAAAUCUUGCCGCCUAAUAACGAACCGACGGGUUGGGACACCAGUGCUAGCAUCAAGAUUUUAUCAGAGGGAACAUCAUCAGGGAAAUGGGAGUUUAUUGACUUGGAAAAUAGUUUGACGGAUGCUGUUCAAGGUAUGCUAGAUGCCGGGAUUUUGUAA